AUGGCAGGCGAUGAAAAAGUAUGGGGAAUGGUGGCGAAGGGGGAGGACAAGACCACCUCACGCCUCCUUUCACUACCGCCAGAAAUUCAACUAAUCAUCUGGGAGUUUACCGUGACUUCGGCAGAGCCACUCUUCAUCAAUUGCGCCUGCGACAGCUCAUAUGGCGGUUGGACAGAAGAGUACUACGCCGAUCGCGAGCGGUGGGAGAAAGGCGAACGACACCCUCCAUGGCAACCAGGCUUGACGCGUACCUGUGCAUCGAUCCGCGCAGACGCCUUGAAGAUGUUUUACAAAAACACCUUCCAAGCGGGCUACUGCUAUGAGUGUGACCUAGACAUUGUCAUUGACUGGCUCAAGACCAUCGGCCCUGUUAACCGGGAAUGUAUCGGCAAAUUUGUGUUCUUUGAUGCAAAUCGCAAGCAUGAUCGAAAUAUGCCAAAGGACCUGACCAAAGUAUUGAGAUCCGAUGUAGUGCGUAUUAUGGGUGGCAGGGUCGAGAGUACGUAUGAUGGCGAAGGAUGUAAGCAUGUUGUUAAAUUUGGACCGCAUGGAGACGAGGAUUUGAUGGCUUUGAAAGACCUGUUCGAGGAGGAGACUUCUUCGGAGAGCCAGUUGCAUGAGGUCCGCUCAAUCUCACAAUCGCCCGGGAAGCCGUCAAAUAGGCCACGAGGCACGGAUGAGAAAGAUCGUGAGGCCGUCAAAGUCACGGAGAUGAGCACCCACCUCGAAGAGCUGAGUCUCCUUUCCUGA